AUGAAGUACGUAUAGUGUCACGUGACACUGAAACUCCGGGGAAAGACCGCCGCUUUGUGCUCCGUCGGCACUUGAGCAAUCGACCGCGACUAACGAGAAUCAUCCCAAGCCAUCCAGAACCAGCAGGAGGGGGUACAAAACGGCCCCUUCAUCCUGGGUCAGCCCAACAGUCAUGUUUAAAAACGUCUACCUGCGUGUUAUCCUUCUUUUGGUCGCAUUUUCCUCCUGCGCAUCGCUCGCAUUAGCCUCCUCCCCCGCAUCCUUCUGCAAAUGUACAUGUUUCUCCAACAGCACCAUCAUUCCCCUUGACCCCGUCAAGCCGGAGUCCACGUCGAUCGAUGGCAUGUUCCAUGCUCUCGGCCGCAGAAGUCCCUCCGACGAUCUCGGCAACGUUUUGGAUGACCGGGCCAGCAAUUAUCGUUCCUUGAGCUGUAACGACUGCAAUCGGAAGUUUUGCUUGGGAUAUAACUUGCCCACCUGCAAAGGCGCGAGGGAGGAGGAUGUCUUCACCACCUGUUUCCAGCGAGACUCGCGAAAAGACGAAGCGAUAGUUUUCAUCUUCAUCAUCGCCACCAGCGGGCUCCUUGCGUGGGCGGUUUUCAAGCCGUGGGUGGAGAAAUAUCUCGAGAAAGCUAGAGAGCGACGGUCCUACAUACCGGUUUCCGAGAACGUCGGCCAGUAGCACAGGAGGCUACAAUGGUUGAGCCCGACGGGUUUUUUUAUACAAUGCUCAUAUGUAUAGUUCUUCCGAAGCUAUUUAUAUUACACCCAUUGUGCCUUUAAGAUAGCGUCAGGAACGGGCGUAGGUUUCGAACGGAUGGCCAGUGAUGGGCGGCAUGUUGGUAGAGGGCAUAAGGGCACCGAUGAUACCGAGGCUCGGUAGGUGGACGUGACAAGGAGUCAAUUUAUCACGGUACUGUAGAGAGGAUUUGACUUUGAAUCCACGAUGGAGGAGUGGGAAGUGGUUAGAACUUCAGAUUAGCUCGAUGACCUCCACUGUCGUCGAGGAUUGAUGCAGGCCAUUAUUGGCGGAUCGCCCUGUCAAGUGCAGGGCCCACCGGCCAGCCUGGGGCACUAAGCCUCAUCCGCGUUAGCCUUGAGGGCACGGUUGAUCAUUCCGGAGUACGGAGUAGGAGGUAAGGGAUCUAACUUACAGUGUGCUACUUUAAUGAUUAAAUGAUUCAAUGAUUCAAUGAUACGACGAUUGGUUCCG